AGUCAGUCUGCCGCUAACAGCUACCAGCCAAGUCUCUGGAGUUAGCUAGGGAGCUAGCCAUGAGCUAACAAGUAGCUAGCUGAGUCUUUUCAUUUGCCACCAUAAUUCAACCUUCAGUCAGACGUCGUGCCAAGGAUUUCUUUUCUCUCUUUUCUUUUUUGUUCUCCCCAGGAAUUAGCAUUCGGCCCUUUGUUGCAGCUGGAAUCCUUGGACUGAUUUUACGGUCUUCAUUUCACAAUCCUUCCCUACACCUCCAGCUCCACCUUGAACUUUCUCCCUUUUAAACUUGGAUCUCUUGCUACACAGAGCCAUGGCAGCUGCUAAGCCGAAAGGGCAGAACUCUCUAGCCCUUCACAAAGUGAUUAUGGUGGGCAGUGGAGGAGUGGGGAAAUCAGCGCUCACUCUCCAGUUCAUGUAUGAUGAGUUUGUUGAAGACUAUGAGCCCACCAAAGCAGACAGUUACAGGAAGAAAGUGGUGCUCGAUGGAGAGGAGGUACAGAUUGACAUCCUUGACACAGCUGGACAAGAGGAUUACGCAGCCAUCCGGGAUAACUACUUCCGCAGUGGCGAGGGUUUCCUCUGUGUAUUUUCCAUCACAGAACUGGAAUCAUUUGCAGCAACAGUAGACUUCAGAGAGCAGAUUCUGCGAGUGAAGGAGGAUGAGAACGUGCCCUUUCUCCUGGUUGGUAACAAGUCAGACUUGGACGACCGACGGCAGGUCAGCGCAGACGAGGCGAAGGCACGUGCUGAGCAGUGGGGCGUGUGCUAUGUGGAGACUUCAGCCAAAACUCGUGCCAAUGUUGACAAGGUGUUUUUUGACCUGAUGAGAGAGAUCCGGGCAAGGAAAAUGGAGGACAGCAAAGAGAAGAACGGGAAGAAGAAAAGUAAAAGUUUGGCCAAGAGAAUUAGAGAGAGAUGCUGUAUUUUAUAGUGGUAAAAGAGAGCAGGAUAGCUGCUUGUGUACAUAUACAUUUCUCAGACUUUUGCAUUUAUUUUGUGCCCAUACCUGACCAUGACUUUCUGUUCCUGGCUAACAGGACAUCUGACCGUGUGUCAGGGAGUAGUAAGGUGGCAUUCCAUACACCAUUUAUAGCUCUAACUUUUUAUGUGCUGACACAAAUAAUUUACGUACUCUCUCUCUCUUACUCUGACCACAUUACAGAGUGUAAUAAAUGGAUGGUGUUUUAAUUUAGGCUAAGCUUGACAAAAGGCUAAGCCCUGAAAGGUUACAAAACCUUUCAUUGUAAAGUUUGAUGUGUAUAAUAUAUUCAGACAACUGUGCAGUUCAAAAGAUAAAAUGAAGGUGUCAGAACCAAGGUUUAAAUGGGGAAGAUGUAACUGGAGCUUGGGUAGGAAAUGGAAAAUAAACAGAAUCAGUAGUGUAGUGUCAACCCAGAAUUCAUCAAGUGCCACCAAGGAAAUGUACAUUGCACUGGUGAAUCUAUGAAGCAUUUUAAUUGAAAGAUUGUUGCUUAACUAAGCCAGAGCUGAAAUUUGAUGCCAUUCCUAUUUGUUGUUUUACUACAUGGUAUGGUUAUGAACACUUCUUUUUAUCUGUGAAGUCAAACUUUUUCCUUUCUUUUCUUCUCCUCUUAUCAUAUCAACCAGUGUAAAAUAAGCACACUGAUGUUUCCGUUUUCUUUCCCCUUUGGGCCACUUUGUUGAGUCUUCUCAAAUGCACAAACAUUGAUCAUUGCCCUUAAAUCUGUGAGGAAUUUUUACAACACUUGAACCUUUUUUCAAUUCUAAUAUUUCAGAAGUUUUACCUCACUCGGCUAAUGACUUUCAUUGCCUUUUUUUGCGAUAAAGGAAUCCCUGGUGCUCUGAUAAAAGGUGAUUCCAUAACACUACAUGCUGUCUUGAACACAUCUUAAAGUUGAUAAAAUAUAUAGCUUCCACUCAUGUAAACAUUUCUUUAAGCAAUUUUACUUUUCCUGGCUCAGACUUUUAAUCACCAACCUUGUAUUCCCCUCUCUUUUUUUUUAAUCUUAAAUGUAUUUCUUAAUAGGGACUUACAGUAAGUUGGAAUAAAUUAAUGGAUAGAUAAAUUUUACGGCAUAAAAUAUUCAAAAUGAAUGCAGGCUUGAUAGAAGUGAUGCGAUACCUGUCCAAAAAGAUUGCUCUCAGUCACCAAAGAAAAAUGCUAGCUAGUACAAACAAGUGCCCACUUAUUAAUUUAAGUGAAUGACAACUUGCUAUAGUGAGCAUCAAAAGUAAACAGUGCAGUGUUUGUGUAAAAAUCUUUGUAAAACUGAUGGAGGCAAAGGUUGAAGGGGAACUUAGAGAAUGUCAUUCUGAAUGGCCUAGGAAAGAAAUGCAAAGUUACGAGGGAUUUAGUAAUUCAUGUACAAUGCAUCACUGUUGCCUCUGUCCAUUGUGAAUGUGAAUAACCCUCCAUACACAUUCUGUUUGCCUGUAAUCUUAGGCUGCCUAUGAUGUGCAGAGUUUAGAGGUCACUGACAUUCUGCUUUGUUUACCUUUGGUUACAUUUUUGUGUAAGGCUACCCGGUGUUAGAUUGCUGUAGUAACAUCUUAAUGAAAUACCUGAUAUGUUUCUUUGAUCUUGCUUAUGUAGUAAUAAUUUUACAGAUUAAAAAUUGGCAAAAUGGGAAUGCUACACAUGAUUAACAGCUAAAUUGCAUAGACCAAAACACACUGUGAAAGCUGCCCCUCCAUUCUCUGUUUUCCUUUAUGACUGAGCCACUUUUUUGUUGUUUUUUUUUACCACAAAACUUCUAACUUAUUUAAAAUAACUUAUUGUAUUAUUUUAGUUUUUAAAGUCUGACGACCAUCCAGAGGUUGUUGCCACAUUUCCCUCUGAUCCAGCUUAAGUCAUGAACCUAAGAGUAAACGUGUGUGUGCACUGCCAACAGCAACCGCUCACCAUUUACAUUAAAGGAUUUCCUCAACCAAUAGGAUGCCCAACACUGGAGUCUAUGCAAAAAUGAUUGUAAUUGCAAAGAGGAGGAGAAUCUGAAACUUGGAAACAAUUUAAACUACUUUUAAUAUGACUGAGUGCAGUAGAAGCAUGUAAGGUUGCAUGCUCUUUAGAGAUCUGACCACAGCUCAAAAAUCAUUCAAAACUUGUGUUUUAUAUUUCAAAAUACUUAACAUUGUGUCAUUACUUCCCUGAGUUAAUACAUGAACACUAAAGAAUCCCUGGCUUUGAUUACAGGCUUUGUUUAUCAUAUAGUUCAGUGUGCCCAUUGAACAAAAAGACAGUAAUGCAAAAGAAUGUCUGCGGUAUUUCUUGUUAACUGAAAAGCACACAGUGUUAGAGCUUAAAGAUGGGAGGGUGAGAUUGGACAUGUGAGGCAAACUCGAACCCAAAAUGUUAGGACGCCAUGGCAUCAGAAUGUUUGGAAAGUAGUUUGGGUUAGUAUGUUCUAAGGGCUAACCUCCAGUACAUGAUUGAAACACCCCUGAAAGUUAAAGUGACAGGCGCAGAAACUGACAUAUAGUGUAAGCAUCACAGUUUGGUAAUGCAUACCUUCCUUAGCUUAUGGCCAUUACAUUAACUGCUGUGUGUCUUCAUCGCUGAGGAUUGCAGAAGCUACUAUACUUAAAGUGACCGCCAUAGUGCUUGCUUACUCUAACAUUGGCUUAACACAGUCUAAUUCUUGUUUCAGUGCUUUUUCAGAAGCAAACAUUAUUCAUAAUUAUUCUACUUCUUUGUCUUCAUGUAUAGUUUAAUAGACUUGAUGGCCCAAAUAUUUUCAGUGGGAUUUAAGGGGUGAUACUAACACAGAUAUUUGUGUGAAAGCUAUGAGCAAACAAUCCUACUGGGUAUUGAAAUAACUUGUUUUGCCUUUUAUAUAAAUACCCUUGGAAUAAAAAAUAGAUAUCUAUGUCUUCGAUUGGAUGGUUGUAUGUAUGGCAUCAGUUAAAUGUUUCCUUCAUGUUUACUUAUUUUGAACAUAACCACUAAUGUAGCCUAUCUGUUUGUGAAUGCAAGAGGUGAAGCUUACAUUUCAAUUCAUUUUUGUGAGUUAUUUGGAAAUGGCAAAUAAAGUGGAUAUUACUAAUAACA